AACCAAACAGUGGUGCGAGUCUUCUUACUGGGCCAGACCUCCCCAGAGGACAACCAUCCUGACCUUUCAGAUAUGCUGAAAUUUGAGAGUGAGAAACACCAAGACAUUCUUAUGUGGAACUACAGAGACACCUUCUUCAACUUAUCUCUGAAAGAAGUACUCUUUCUCAGGGAGUCUCCUUCACUGAGAUUUCAAGUCUACAGAGAAAGAAGAGAUGUAGCAGGUUUUGAAACAUGUUUGGAGGACCACUGAGGGCCUUUGGUGAGCCUCUUCUUGACAUGUGCCAUUAUUCGAACAUCAGUCCUUGGUGCUAACAAUGUCUGAUCAGCCAAAAGAACCAGGAGGGCUAGGGGGAAAUUUUCCCCUCCCCGACAGUUUUGGUGUAGUUGGCUGGAUACUGCUUGGGCACUGCUUGCUCCUGGGACUGUUGCAGAUAAAGAGAUCCUGGAACCUCUGAAAACAACCUGGCAGAAGAUCCAGCUACCAAUUACAGGAAAUGCAGAAGACAGAGGAAGUAUGUUAAAUGACACCAACAAAAUCCAGACUGUGGAACACUCUACAUGAUAAAGGACCUGGCUUCAUUAACAGAUACGUCGCAAGAGUCCAAAGGGUGGGGAGCAAACCUAGAGAUGAAAGGAAACUUAAAAACAUCAGUCACUUGCACUGUGUGGACUUUGGGUCCUAUUUCAAACAAACUAUAAAAAUAAAAUAAUAUAAAGUAAACACUUAUGACCACCACGAGAAAACUGUAAAUUUUAACACUGACAGGCUAUUUGAUUGGAAGUUAUUGGAGUUUAUUUAGUGAUGAUGUUGUGUUAUGGUUUAAAAAAACAUGAGUUCUUAUCUUUACAGAGAAAAUGAUGAGUCUGGGAUUUACUUCAAAAUCAUUCAGGACUGGGAAAGGGUGGGGUUAUAGAAGAAACGAAAUUAGCCAUGAGUUGACAGUUGUUGAAACUCAGUCAUGGGUACAAGGAAGUUCAUUAUACUAGUUUGCCUAAUUUUACAUAUGUUUUGAGAUUUGCCAUAGUGACUUUCUUUUUUCUUUUUUUUGAAGGAGACCUUCCACAUAAAAAUUCUGAUUUUGGAUUCUUUUGGAAAAAUGGAAAUACCUGGUAACACUAGCCCAGACCUCCACCGUGUAACAACCAGCCAAAUUGAGAAGUGUUACAGGAACAUGCCGUCCAGGGAACCACAGACCCCACCACUCCCUGGUGCCCUUAAAGCCCACUUCCUGUAUCUGUGCUUCCGCCUCAACAUCAGCCUCUGGUUUGCAAUCCAUAAGAACUUUCCUUUCCUUCCUUCUGGGCCUUCACUCUCCUUCACUGGGCCCAGCCAUCACGGGUCAGGUCGGGCUGGGCCAAAGUGGGUGCUUGACUUUCCCUUCCUUUUCAUGAUGUUUUUCUACCAAAUCAUUUUUCUGUGCUCUGAAACCUUUUUGGUCCCCCAAGAGUGGAGGAUUUUGAAACUCAAAAGCCAGAAGGAGACACUUCUCCCUCCUCCAUCCCCUCUGGGGCAGUGCUUCAUAUCACAUCCCUUCCCUGAGGGAGUGCGAAAGAACAGCCUGAGGCUUUAAAAGGGGAAACAGCAGACCAGGAUGGGAAGGAAACCAGGGGGGAAAUUUGGUUAAGAAGGAGAUAUGGCUCUUAGACAUAUCAGAUUUGCAAAUAUUAAAAAGUUGGAUGAUAUCAAGUGCCACCAAAGGUGAAGGAAAGCAGAAUAUCUCAUAGGAAUGUUAACUAAUCUUUCUGGGAAGCAGAUUGAAAGUGUUAAGUGAUGUGGAAUAUGGGCCACUCCUACAACCCAGUACUUGGGGACGCUGAGCCCAGAGACAUUCUUGCCCGAGCCCCCAAAGAAACAUGUGUGGAUUUGUUCUUGUAGAAUUGUUUGUAAUAAUGAAGAUUUGGAAACACCUAGAAGUUUAUUCAUAGGAAAGUAGUUACAUAAAAGGUUAUAUGAAAAUGCUGAGUACCAUUCAGCAGAUGAAAGGAAUGCUCUGGUCCAUAUUUACUUAUAUUAACUUGGAGCCAUCUCAAAAUCUCAUAGUCUUGACUGGAAAAAAGUGAGAAAAGAAUGACAUGUUUACCAAAGACUACUUAAGCAUAUUUUUAAAAAUAUGCACAAAAUAAUACCAAUAUUGGGCCUAGAUACACAUAGAAAUAUAGAUUGGCCAGACACAAAGAAUCACAAGGACGUAAGAGGAGAAAAAUGAGAUUGGGGAUGGGGUGAAGGGGUCAAGAAAAUAAAGUAAAAUAAAAGUGAGCCCUGCAUAUGCUAAUAAAGAUGGUAUGCAUGUGGCUAAUUGAUCCUGAGCAAAGGAGGUCUCGGCAAACAGAAAACUACAGCAAAACAAAACAUCAGUUAAUGUUUAAAAUAUUAACCUGAUGCCUGUGGAAAGAGAACUCUGUGAAUAACCGGAGGUCUGAUGAGUGCCCAGAGGUGACCGAGCAGUCCUGCAGUCCCUGUGAUUCCCUCCGACUGAUCUCCUGCUGGGGUCACUCCAUAGCUUGGCCUUGAGUUGCUUUUAUCCACAGACUUUCAGCCUCCCAGCACCGCUGACUACUCUCAGGAAAACUGUUGGAUCACGAGAUUUUCCCACAGAGAUCGUCACCAUGGGGUAUUUUCAACCUGUUAUUAACCUCAAGUUCCUCCAGCAAAGUCAGGAUAUCCCGGGAACAAGUACUCCUCCAGCCCCUGAAGCCUCCUUUUUAAUGCGCCUUCAGUACCCAAAACUUUCUCAGACAGAGUGUUAUAUGAGGUCCAGCUUUUUUUGCUUGGGGUGUGGAGGACAGAGGUGAGCGGUUCUGGCCAGCAGCUCUGUUUCCCCUUGAAGCCCCACUCUUGGGGAGCGAAAGGGAGAAAGAGAGACAAGGAGCUAUUUGCUGUCUCCCUAAUCCAUCCUUCUCUCUCUUCCUCUUCCCCUCCCUCCUUUCCUUAGAAACAUAUAUUCAGUGCUGAGUGUGCACAAGGCACGUGGCAGCCCCCAUUGAAUCUGGCAUUGUCCCCUGCCCUCAAGGAGAGUCAAGUCCGGGGGGGGCAAGCGGUGAGUGUGGUCAAGCAUGGUAGGGAUUUGUGAGGGGCGAGGGAGCUAUGAGACCACAGAGGCGGGCAGCUAUAUCACAUGGGAGGCUUCUUGGAGGUGGUCCUCCUUGAGCUGAGUCUGAAAGGGUAAAUAGAGGUAACAAGAAGGAGAAUAAUGGGGGAAAGGUAUUCUAUUGCAAUGGCUGGGAGGCAUGAAACAGCAGGACACAGAGGGAGCUGUCAGCAGUUCAUCAUGUCUGGAUUUGGGGCUCUGGAAGAGCCUUGGGUGCUAGGACUUCGCUCAUGUUCUAUCUCCUCCCUGAAGCCUGCAGAACUGCCCCAGUCCUGCCAGAUCCCCCUCCUCUGAAAUCUUGGACCAACCUUUUAUAAUUGCAUGUUCCCCUACUGUUGUGUGUGUGUGUGUGUGUGUGUGUGUGUGUGUGUGUGUGUGUGUGUGAGAGAGAGAGAGAGUGAGUGUGAAGGUUUUGUUUCCCAGUCUCAGCUUGGAGAGGGGCCCACAAGCCCAGGGUUUCUCCCACCCAGUGCCUUGCAUCCAGCCUUCACCCCACCGAGAGGGUGGCUCACCCAGUUCCGAGUGGAUGUACUGUUCAGUGGGGAAGCAGACUGAGGCGGUGGUAGCAGCACCAAAUCCCACAUCGUGCGUUGGGUUUUCAGCCUGAGCGGCUUCUGUAGGGAUAUGUCUGACCGGGCUGUCAUCUGGGCCAAUGCCCAGGUGAAUGUUCUUCUCAGAGGGAGACCUGAAAGCCCUGGUGUUCAGCCUCUCAGAUGGUGCCCAGUGAGCCCCACCUCCCGGUUUUCAUGGUCUUGUGCAGUCUCCUCCCACAUUGUGUCAGGAUUGAUCGGUAUGACCAACAAAAUACAGCAGAUUGAUGGCAUAUGCCUUUGAGGCUAGCUCAAUAAAAGACACUAUGACUUCUGUAUUAGUUUCUGUCUUGGACUGCUCACUCUGGAAGAAGCCAGCUGCCAUGUUGUCAGGACACACAAGCAGCCCUAUCAAAGGUCCAUGUGGUACAGAACCAAGGCCUCCUGCCAACAGCCAUGAGAGGAGCCAUCUUGCAUGUGGACCCCCAGCUCCAAUCAAGCCUUCAGAUGACAGCAGCCCCGUUCAACAUCUUGAGACCUUGAGCCAGAACAACCCAGCUCAGGUGCUUCCCUUGAUGGGACCAAUAGCCCAGCAGCAGAUGCAGAAGAACUCUCCUCUGAACUUUCCUUAUCUGCCUGGCACAGAACAUGGAGAAUCAGCAGCCACCACCCCACCUCCACCCUCCAGCUGGUCUCCAGUCAGGGAGGCACCGACCUUGGGCAUCAGGACAUUCCCAAAGAAAUUGUAUAAGAAUCCUAAGGCACAGAGACGUUAAGCAAUUUGCUCAAGGUCACACAGCGAGUAGUAGCAGCAUAGGAAUUCACACAUGGGCAGCCUGGCUGUGCACUCUGUCCUGAGCUCAGCCAGGCACCUGCGGAGAGACCCUCACACUUCCCCGUCUGCCUACACCAGUGGUUCUCAACCAAGAGCAAUUUUGCCCCCCGAAGGACAUGUGGUGAUGUCUAGAGACGUUUUUGAUUGUUGUGACCGGAAGGCUGCUACUGGCACCUAGGAUCUUUACAUGUGGAAGAGGGAGGCAGAACACUGAUGCCCUGGGAGAAAGUCUCCACCAGCUAUUGAAGACGGGAGGGAGCCAGAAGCCCAGAAAAGCCGGUGACCCCCAGAAGCUGGAAAAGGCAAGAGAACCGGUUCUCUCCUAGAGCCUCCAGAAAAGGAACUUGGCCCUGCUGACACCUUGCUUUGAGCCCACUCUUAGGAAGAAAAGACUCUAUUCAGCCCCAAAUGAAGGCAGGCUGACUGGAAUGGAACAGUACAUGUUCUCUAAGGACCCUCAUCCAGGAUGCUCUAGGAACCCAUGAGGCAGAGAAAAGAUGGCCCUUCCUCAAAGUUCUGGAGACCAGAAAUCUGCCAUCAGUUUCAUGGAGCCAAAAUCGAAGUGUCAGCAGAGCCUCCGGGGGAGAAUCCAUUUCCUUGUCUUUUCCAGUUUUUAGAGCUGCCUUUUUUGCAUUCUGUGGUCCAUGACUCCAUCUUCAAAAUGAGCUGAGUACCAUCUUAAAUCUCUCUCUCUGCUUCCUUUGUAAUAUGGUUUUCUUUUUCUGCUGUAGUAAAAUCUCCUUCUCCCUCCUUAAAGGAUGCUUGUGAUAACAUUUAAGACCCACCUGAGGAAUCCAGGGUACUCUCCCCAUCUCAACAACCUUAACUUAAUCACACCUGUCAAGUCCCUUUUGCUUUAUAAGGUAACAUUCACAGGUUCCAGGGAUUAGGACCUGAUUAUCUUUGGCAGCCAUUAUGCAGCCCACCAGUCAGUAACCAUCUGUUAAACCAACGCGGCUUCACUAGCUCUGGACUUGGAAUUGGCUGGUCCGGGGAAGACCCUAACGCGGGAAGCUUUUUGGAGGCACAGGUUCCUCCCAUCUCAAGCCCUGUCUCUUCACAUCCCAACUAGAUGGCUCUGCUAAAGACAGACUCAAGAUUUUACUGAAAUACCCUUGAAGAAAACCUCCUCGGAACUUGGACCCACCUUUUCAGAAGGAAUUGGCACGUUACUGGAAAUUCUUGCUGUGAACUUGUCAAGUAUGAAAUAUUGUCCCAUGUGAUGGAGGACUGUGAAUGUUAAUGACUUUCAUUGUUGCCAAGUUUUCAUGACUCUUGGUCUUUGGGAAUUAAAUGCCUCUAAGAGAUGCAACUUGAGAAUCUCCAUCGUGGCUCACAAGAUUGUAUUUUCUUACUGACGUGAGACACCAGAAGUCCUCCAGAAUACACAUCAUAUAACCCACGAGGUGGAAUGGUGAUGUCUCCAUGAGGGAACCUCCUCUCACUCAUCCUGUGAUGUGUGUCAUACUGUUCUUGACUGGGCCAUUCAUCUAAGAUGUGAUUUACCCUGUGAAACAGGGAGAAGACUUAUGGACCCCAAACAUCAUUUCAAGUUGUAGUUGAGUUUUUUAAAGUACAGACAUACGUGCAAAGCUCCUUUGCUUUGGACCCUCUGCUUUGUUAAAGCUGCUGUGUUGCUAACCCAGAACUGCUCCACUGUUUUGACUGAUCAUCAUGGCUUCAGUUUGGAAGAGACUACAGCGUGUGGGAAAACACGCAUCCAAGUUCCAGUUUGUGGCCUCCUACCAGGAGCUGAUGGUUGAAUGUACCAAGAAAUGGCAACCAGAUAAACUGGUGGUAGUUUGGACAAGGAGAAGCCGAAGGAAGUCUUCCAAGGCUCAUAGCUGGCAGCCUGGAAUAAAAAAUCCAUACCGUGGUGUUGUAGUGUGGCCUGUUCCUGAAAACAUUGAAAUCACUGUGACACUUUUUAAGGAUCCUCAUGCAGAGGAAUUUGAAGAUAAAGAGUGGACAUUUGUCAUAGAAAAUGAAUCCCCUUCUGGUCGAAGGAAAGCUCUUGCUACCACCAGCAUCAACAUGAAACAGUAUGCAAGCCCAAUGCCAACUCAGACUGAUGUCAAGUUAAAAUUCAAGCCAUUGUCUAAAAAAGUUGUAUCUGCCACUCUUCAGUUUUCAUUAUCUUGCAUUUUCCUUCGGGAAGGAAAAGCCACGGAUGAAGACAUGCAAAGUUUGGCUAGUUUGAUGAGUAUGAAGCAAGCUGACAUUGGCAAUUUAGAUGACUUUGAGGAAGAUAAUGAAGAUGAUGAUGAGAACCGAGUGAACCAAGAGGAAAAGGCAGCAAAAAUUACAGAAAUUGUAAACCAAUUGAAUGCUCUGAGCAGCUUAGAUGAAGAUCAAGAUGACUGCAUAAAGCAAGCAAAUAUGCCUUCAGCUAAAUCAGCCAGUUCCUCUGAAGAGCUUAUCAACAAACUUAACUUUUUGGAUGAAGCAGAAAAGGACUUGGCCACUGUGAAUUUAAAUCCAUUUGGUGAUCCUGAUGUAGCAGAAUUAAAUCCAUUUGGAGAUCCUGACUCAGAAGAACAAAUCACUGAAACAGUUUCACCUAAAAAACCAGAAGAAUCCUUUUAUAAUAACAGCUAUAAUCCCUUUAAAGAGGUACAGACUCCACAGUAUUUGAACCCAUUUGAUGAGCCAGAAGCCUUUGUAACUAUAAAGGAUUCUCCUCCCCAGUCUACAAAAAGAAAAAAUAUAAGACCGGUGGACAUGAGCAAGUAUCUCUAUGCUGAUAGUUCUAAAGCUGAAGAAGAGGAGUUGGAUGAAUCAAAUCCUUUUUAUGAACCUAAACCAACUCCUCCUCCAAAUAAUUUGGUAAGUCCAGUUCAAGAACUGGAAACUGAAAGGAGAGUAAAAAGAAAAGUCCCGGCCCCACCAGCCAUCUCACCAAAGACAGGAGGAGUAAAUGAAAACACAGUUAUGUCUGCAGGAAGAGAUCUCUCCACUUCUCCUAAGCCGAGUCCUAUACCAAGUCCUGUUUUGGGACGAAAGCCAAAUGCUAGUCAGUCAUUGCUUGUAUGGUGCAAAGAAGUUACAAAAAAUUACCGGGGAGUGAAAAUCACCAAUUUUACUACAUCGUGGAGAAAUGGUUUAUCUUUUUGUGCAAUAUUACACCACUUUAGACCAGAUUUAAUUGACUACAAGUCUCUGAAUCCUCAAGACAUUAAAGAGAACAACAAAAAGGCAUAUGAUGGAUUUGCCAGCAUAGGAAUUUCCCGGUUAUUGGAACCUUCUGAUAUGGUUUUAUUAGCAAUUCCUGACAAACUGACUGUUAUGACCUAUCUCUAUCAAAUUAGGGCACAUUUCAGUGGGCAAGAGUUAAAUGUUGUUCAAAUAGAAGAAAAUAGCAGUAAAAGCACAUAUAAAGUUGGAAACUAUGAAACAGAUACAAAUAGUUCUGUUGAUCAGGAAAAAUUCUAUGCAGAGCUUAGUGAUCUGAAACGGGAGCCUCAACUGCAGCAGCCUACCAGCGGAGGGGUAGACUUCUUAUCCCAGGAUGACUCUGUAUUUGUAAAUGAUAGUGGGGUUGGAGAGUCAGAAAGUGAACACCAGACUCCUGAUGAUCAUCUCAGUCCAAGCACAGCCUCCCCUUACUGUCGCAGGACUAAAAGUGACACAGAACCCCAAAAGUCCCAGCAGAGCUCUGGAAGGACUUCAGGAUCCGAUGACCCUGGAAUAUGUUACAGUACAGAUUCAAACCAUGCACAAGUUUUGUUAGGCAAGAAGAGACUAUUGAAAACAGAGACUUUAGAAUUAAGUGACUUAUACAAUAGUGAUAAGAAGAAGGAUGUGUCUCCACCCUUUAUUUGUGAGGAGACCGAUGAGCAAAAGCUUCAGGAUAUAGACAUCAGUAGUAACUUGGAGCAAGAAAAAUUAGAGAAUUCCAGACCCUUAGAAUGCAGAUCAGAUCCUGAAUCACCUGUGAAAAAAACAAGUUUAUCUCCCACUUCUAAACUUGGAUAUUCGUACAAUAGAGAUGCAGACCUUGCCAAGAAAAAACGUAAUUCCCUGAGGCAGACAGAGUCUGAUUCAGAUGCUGAUAGAACCAUCUUAAAUCAUGCAAAUCAUUCUGCAAAAACAGUCCAGCAUCGAAUGUUAUCCAGACAAGAAGAACUCAAAGAAAGAGCAAGAGUUCUGCUUGAGCAAGCAAGAAGAGAUGCAGCUUUAAAGGCAGGGAAUAAGCAGAAUACCAACGCAGCCACACCACUCUGCAACAGGCAGCUAAGUGAUCAGCAAGAUGAAGAGCGACGUCGGCAGCUGAGAGAGAGAGCUCGUCAGCUAAUAGCAGAAGCUCGAUCUGGAGUGAAGAUGUCAGAACUUCCCAGCUAUGGUGAAAUGGCUGCAGAAAAGUUGAAAGAAAGGUCAAAGGCAUCUGGAGAUGAAAAUGAUAAAGUUGAGAUAGAUACUAAUGAGGAGAUUUCCGAAGGCUUUGUUGUAGGAGGUGGAGAUGAACUUACUAACUUAGAAAAUGACCUUGAUACUCCCGAACAAAAUACUAAGUUGGUGGACUUGAAGCUGAAGAAACUCCUAGACACUCAGCCGCAGGUGGCAAAUUCACCUUCCAGCACUGCUCACAAAGCUAUAACUGAAAGUUCAGAGCAAGACAUUAAGAAUGGCACAGAAGAUCUCCGGACUGAGCGAUUACAAAAAGCAACAGAACGAUUUAGAAAUCCUGUUGUGUUUAGCAAGGAUUCUACAGUAAGAAAAACUCAACUUCAGUCUUUCAGUCAAUAUGUUGAGAAUAGACCAGAGAUGAAAAGGCAGAGAUCAAUACAGGAAGAUACAAAGAAAGGAAAUGAGGAGAAGGCAGCAAUAACUGAAACUCAGAGGAAGCCAUCAGAAGAUGAAGUGCUUAAUAAAGGGUUCAAAGACACCAGUCAGUAUGUUGUAGGAGAAUUGGCAGCACUAGAGAAUGAGCAAAAGCAAAUUGACACCCGUGCCGCGCUGGUGGAGAAGCGCCUUCGCUAUCUCAUGGACACAGGAAGGAACACAGAAGAAGAAGAAGCUAUGAUGCAGGAGUGGUUUAUGUUAGUUAAUAAGAAAAACGCCUUAAUAAGGAGAAUGAACCAGCUCUCUCUCCUGGAAAAAGAACAUGAUUUAGAACGACGAUAUGAGCUGCUGAAUCGGGAAUUGCGGGCAAUGCUAGCCAUUGAAGACUGGCAGAAGACCGAGGCCCAGAAGCGACGCGAGCAGCUCCUGCUGGAUGAGCUGGUGGCCCUAGUGGACAAGCGCGACGCGCUCGUCAGGGACCUGGACGCGCAGGAGAAGCAGGCCGAAGAAGAAGAUGAGCAUUUGGAGCGAACUCUGGAGCAAAACAAAGGCAAGAUGGCCAAGAAAGAAGAGAAAUGUGUUCUGCAAUAGAAGCCAGACCAGAAUCUUGACCAACAUUUUAUUAGCCUUGGGUCCCCAGACCAGAAAAAGUCAUUCUCGUUGUUGAUUUAAAACUUUUAACAUUUUGUUUGGCUGGAUUGUACUUCUUUACCACUACCACCACCUCUUUUCCUCCCUUUUUUCCAGACAGUGUACAGAACUCUGAAAUAGCUUUGUUUAAGGAUUGUGUGUGUGUUAAUCAUUUCCUUGAAAUCAUGUAAAAUAGAUUGCACAGACAUCUUGUGAGUGAUUGGUAUUAGCAGUGUUCAAGAAACUGUUCAAAGAAGAAAGAAAAGAAAACUCUUCCCUCAUUAUUUUCCCUCAUUUUUUGAUGGAGAAAAAUUUUAAAACAUUUUUGUUGUUGUUGUUAUUGUUAAUAGCAUAAUGAGGGGUGGGAGGGGGCUUAAGAGGGAGGGAUAAGGAAAAUGUCAUGAAUGAUUUUUUUCCAGUCCUGCCAUAUGUAACACUGAGUCUAAAUUUUAUAGUUAGAUCAUCUUCAAUUUACUUAUUAAACUGUGUUCUAUUUACCAGUGGGAUUUUCUGCAGUUGUUUUGCGUUUCACUAUGAAAGAUAAUAGGGUACUUCUCCUCUGCUUUCUUCGGAGGAUGGCCCUUUAACGUAGCCUGAAACAAGUCCUGUGAUUUGAAGUGAGCUGUAAGGAUGGGACUAAUUGACAUGCAUCACUUUACAAAGACAGUCUUAUCAUUUGAGAAUGCGCCAUCUUUUUCUCUGGAUAAUUAUUUAUUACAUCUAGCUUGGUUCCUACAUUUUGUUGGGUCUCAAAAUUGUCUCAAGAAUGGUGUUAAUAUUUAUUCUGUAUUGAUAAAAGUCUGUCUUGCCAUUAUGAGUAAAUCCUCCAAUUAAUAUUUUCUUCUCUAGCAUAGCACUGUCAUUUUUUUGUGAAAAUGGUUAUCUGUUUAUUUAUUACAAUACUGAGUCAUAUAAAUUUUCAAUAAAAGCAGAAACUUUCUUACCUUAAA